GAAUGGGGACUGCUCUACGGGCCUCUCAGGGUUUUUCGGCUACUCUUUGCUCUCCUCCAAAUUAGCCUCCCUUUGACUGCAAGUGGAGCGGACUCCUUUCUAGCAGCAGGAGGUGUGAAGGUCAGGCCAGCCCCUGCGCACCCCACUUAGGCCCCAGAGUUAAUCAGUAGCAGUUCCUGACAGCUCAGCCCCCGGCAGCAUCUUCCAGGCACAGGAUUCCGGGACGGGAGGUCGCCCCUGCAGGUCACACGCCCCGCGCAAAGGGUGCUCGGAGAGGACCUUCCAGGAGCGACCCCGGAUCCUAGACGUGAGGUCUGCCGAGAUGCCCAUCGAGGUAGAUGACAUCAUGAAGCUCCUGUGUUCCAUUUCCCACGAGAGAAAAAUGAAGGCAGCCGUCAAGCACUCUGGGAGGGGUGCCUUGGUUGCGGGGACGGUGGCCUUCGUCGGUGGUUUGGUUGGUGGCCCGCCAGGAAUUGCUUUUGGGGGAGCUGUUGGGGGCCUGUUGGGGGCCUGGAUGACGAGUGGACAGUACAAGCCGGUUCCUCAGAUCUUAAUGGAGCUGCCCCCUGCCGAACAGCAGAAACUCGUUAACGAAGCCGCGGCCAUCAUCAGGAACUUGGACUGGACAGAUGCUAUACAGCUCACUGCUCUGGUCAUGAGCAACCAGGCCAUGCAGCAGAAGCUCUUGGCCAUGCUAGCCACCUAUGUCACCAAGGAGCUGCAGGCCGAGAUCCGCUAUGAUGACUAGGUCACUCUCCCUGGGGGAUGGGCUUGCAUUUGGAUGAUUCCACGACUCCCAGAAAGUGACCUCGGAACGGGGGGUGCCUGGCAGGUGCGUUGAGAAACCUGCACGCCAUCAGCAUUGACUAUAAGCCGGAGUACGUCCUGUUGGACCGUCCUUCGCUGGAGAGGCUUCAGCUGUGCAUUGUGGGCUGUGUGCUAUGGGAAGGUCCGGGCUGUUGGCAUCCACAGACAGCUUAGAAGUCCUCCUGAUCCUGUGGGUCUAAAAGGAGUUCUCAGGUUGGCUGGCCAACUGUGCGGGGUGCUCCUUUUCCUGUGAAAGCACCUCCAGGUACCCGUGACAGGAUCGGAGGGUCCUGGGGGGUUCAGAGCCAGCCCUUGACAGGAUUGUGCUUACCUGCUGCGUGUUCCCCUUCUUUGCCCAGGGACUUCCCGGUGGUCUCACGAUGACAGUGGUCCCUACUUUGAGUGAAGCCACAAACGCCAGGCAGUCCCCACAGUCUAUGCCCCUGACUCUCUUGAGUAACUUUGGUUAAACUUCUAAAGUCUUUUGCCUUAUUAUGGAAAAUCAUGACACUUAUUUAUCUUUUACUUUUUUUGUUUGUUUGUUUUUUGAGACAGGGUCUCUCUAUAGCUUUGGAGCCUGUGCUGGAACUAGCUCUUGUAGACCAGGCUGGCCUUGAACUCACAGAGAUCCCCCUGCUUCUGCCUCCUGAGUGCUGGGAUUAAAGGUGUGCGCCACCACCGUACAGAUCUUAUUUAUCUUUUACUUUUAUUGUCAGUUCUGGACCCUUCAUUCUCUACACUCGAAGUCUAAGUUAAUUUCACUCUAAUUUUUUUCUUACUAUGUUGCCUGGAUUGGCCUUGAAUUCCUGAGCUCAAGUGAUCUUGCUACAUAGCUGGGACUGUCGGCUGUGCCACUGUACCCAGCUUUACCUCAGAGACUGUUCUUCUCGCCACUGUAUCUAAGUUUGUUCUUCCAGGUUCUCUAUCCCAGCUCAGCUUCCUCCCCGCACUGGCUGCAAUUUACAAUUCACUUGUGUGGAAAGACAAAAUUAACAAUGAGAUCCUAACUGAGCUGGGUGCUGUGGUGCACAACCACAGUCCCAAGUAAGGGAAAGGUCAAAGCGGGAGCAUCCUUGAGCCCAGGAUUCAAGACCUACCUGGACAACAUGGAGGAGCUGGGAGAUAGAAGGUGGGGACAAAGCUCCUUACUUAGCUUUUAUUUACAGUCACAGAAUCAAGAUGCAGUGAGUGUUCUGAUGUGCUGGAGAGAGGAGCUCGACAGGAGACGAAGGGCAAACACAAACAACACCAGCACUGAGGUUAACCCCUGGGCAGCAUCUUAUCACCCUGGAUGAAACCAGGGAUUUGGCCAUCCUCUCCUUGAUUUCCCUAAGUGACAACCUGACAAGCAGCUUGUUUGGUGUUCGUUUUUCUUGUGAUGCUGCGGAUGGAGCACAGGGCCUGCAUAAGCUAGGUAAAUACCAGCACCCCUGAGCCCUGCUCCCUGCUCUCCCUUGGUAGAUCCAAGGCCAGCGCUGUAUGGCUAAGCCUGCUCCCAACCCUUGAAUGGCUCAGUUUCGGUUUGGCCAGUUGGUCCCAGUGCUGGAGUUCAACCAAUGACAUCCUAUACAUUUGCUUAAACAUUUGAUACUUCUUUUUAUCCCCUGUUGGAGAUGGGCACUCAGGGAGCGCAGGAGCUAUGUGUCUUGGUCGCCCUUCCUAUCUCCAGCUUGCUCCUGCUUGGCACCAUGGCUUUUAUGUGGGGGAUACUCAAUAAAUAUUCAUCUUUAACGCUGUGUGCUUUAUGUCUUUCUGGAUUCUUGUUUGUUUAUGUUUUGUCUGCAUUUAUGUAAGCAUGGUAUGUAUGUGUGUGAUUCCCACAGAGGUCAGUAGGGGGCACUGGACCUCCUAGAACUGGAGUUACUGACAGUGUAAACUGUCAUAUGGGAUCUGGGAACCGAACCCAGGCCCUCUGCAAGAUCAUUAAUGGCUAAACCGGCUCCCUACCUCUAGGUGUUGUUUUUUUCAAAACAGGGUUUCUCUAUGUGAUUCUGCUUGGUUUCAAACUCAUGAUCCUCCUGCCCCAGCCUUUUGAGCCAUGAGAUUACAGGCAGGCAUCACCAAGCUAAGAUCUAUAAUAUUUUGUUGUUGUUGAAGUCUUUAAAUUCUCAUUGUUUCUGUUUUAUUAUUUUGGGUCAGGGUCCCAUGUAGCCCAGGCUGGCCCCCAGUUCUCUCUGUAAAAUGCCAGGCUUCAUCAAACAGUUUUGGGAGUCGUUGUUUUGAAAUCACUUCUCUGGAACUCCUCCAGGAAAAAGACAAGUGACAGAGAAAACCUAGGAUCAGAUUUCAAGCUUCUUGAAACAAGUGGGGUUACCAACCGUGGAAGCCAGACUUUGACCUGGUGACCCUAGAACCCAGAGCCCUCACUCAAACACCAAAUGGGAGCUCCCCAGUUUUUGUGAACAAGUUUGGGGAAUGUUUUCCACAUGAACUAAUUUUAGUAAGAUGUAUGCUGUCUCUGAAGUGAUGGUGGUGAGGCCCACCCAUGGACAACCGGGAUUUCAAUCCCCAGGUCUUCCCUGAUGCUAUCUUCUCUUUGCUUUCAAGACUAUACCCCGAAUGUCAUCAAAUUACUAAUAAAUUACU